GAGAAUCCACAUGUCCUCCUAUGGUGUUGUCAGAAGCAGAUCCUACCAAAACGUACCUGCUGCUAACAAUUCAUUUACUACAGUAAAAAAAAAAAAAAACAACAUUUAUAGCCUUUUGGACUGCAUAGCCAUCCCUGCUCUUAUUAGUCUGUAAACCACAGAACAUAUUGUUUCAAUAUAAGCAAAAGAGAGGGACCGCUUGAAAAUAAAUACUUAAUAUUGAAUUUGUUUCGUCUUUAAUGGAACUACUAUAGGGUACAUUUGCAGAAAUGAACUAAUCUGUUGCCCCAGUCUUUGUUUCUUCCAUCUGCACUGAUAUCUAUGUAGGACCACUUCUGCAUUUGUUGUUGAUUUUAAGGUUUUUUUUUUCUCUACUUUGCAUCCAUUUUUGAAUGUCUUCAAACAACUUCGGUCUUCAGUAUGUUGUUUACCAUUAUGAGAUGUGAUAAAUAUCAAAAGAUUCCAUUAUUUAAAGAUGGUGCUGACAAUUCAUUGCAAAUAGGUGCAAAGUAGGAAACAUGCACAAAUUUAACAAAAUAGUAUACACAGGAUUUGAUGCACAAGACAAGUUUGUUUCUACAAAUAUACAUAACUUCAUAGUAAAUAUUUUAUCUUUGGCUGCCCCUUGCAGGCACAUUUCCCGUCUUACAGACACAGACCCACGCUUCUCAGAACUUUGUUUCGGUCUUGCCGUGCCCAAGCGAGUGUCUUCACACUGUACAGAAGCAUCAACCUCUGUGGACCGUAUACUACAUACAGCAAAACCAAGAAUUGUGACGCAUACUGCAGCCCACAGGUUCCCCCCAAGUGAACUUUUUAAUAAUGUUUAAAUAACCCAUUUAAACAUUAUUUUGACACAUUUGUGUCAUUCGCAACUCCAGAAAGUUGACAAUGUGGCGAGCCAUUUGCACAAUGAGAGGGAACAUAUCCAGAUGAGCUGGGGUAGGAGAGCAAUGUAGUGCUGGCGCAGGUGGAGUGCACAGUCUUUAAGAUAAACCCACUUCCUGAAUCUAUUGACACAUAACAAAGGGACUGAAAGUGUCAUCCACUUGAUGCAGUUGCUGUACCAAGAAAGACUUCAGACUUUUUAACAUUGAUUUAAAAGAAAAUGAAUUUACAGCGGACUUGCACCCUGGCAUACCUGGCCACUGUGCUUCCCAUCACAGAGGCAGAAGCUCUCGGGCUGACAGACCCCAAGCUGUGUUACAUUCUUGAUGGAGUGCUCCUCCUCUACUCAGUAGUCAUCACGGCUCUGUACUUUAAAAACAAGUUCAGUAAAGCAGAAAACAAUCCCCAAAAGGAAAGCCUGUAUGCAGACUUGGAUAGGAGCCGUGUUGAGGUAUAUGACCAAGCCAAUACCCGGCCACGUGAUCCCGAGGCAGGUGGUGGUGGAAAGCGAGGCAAAAGGGGUGAUGCUCUAUAUACGUCACUCAAAAAGGACCGUCCUGUUGAUGCAUACAGUGAAAUUGGACUGCAGAAACAAAACCAAGAGAAGAGACGCAGAGGAAAAGGAGCUGAACAAGUUUACCAGGGACUCAGUGCGGCAACCAAGGAUACUUACGAUUCUCUCCAGAUGCAGCCUCUUCCUCCACGCUAAGAAAUGCACACGUCUUCCUUUUUAAAUGACACCGCACCAUGCCAUGACUUGAAGGUGCAAUAUUUAAGAAUUGCCCGAGCAUUUUUUUUUUUUUUUUUUUUU